AUGGGAAACUUUUUCGAGGAGCUCUGGAACAGCAUAUUCACUCCAGGUACAUCACCACAGCUAAUUGUGGCCACCCAUGUCUCGUUUGUUUUGUUAUCAUGCUGUCUGGGAUGGCUCAUUUACUGUACGCGAAACUUGCAUUUCGUGGCUCUGCUUACUAUCUCCACACUACUGUGGAUCACGGUGACGUGGUUCGUGAAUGAGCUGCACUAUGCCAAGUUACGAGACAAUGAAGAGCUUGCCAAGACACAGGGCGAAAAAGCUGACGACCAGCAACAGGCAAGUAAGAAAAGCACACUCAAAGACACUGCUACCACGUCGGCCACCAAGCCCGUAGCCGCGACCAGAUCCAGAAAGGUUUGA